AUGGACGUUUCACUCCACCUCGUCGAUACCGCUGCCUGGAUCAGCAUCAAGCCAACGCACUCUACAAAGCACGACCUCGACGAAAACUCGUCAGGUCCAGGGUGCUGCAUACGAGAUUUACGAACCGGUUCAAUUCAGAAUUCACUGCCGGUGUCGAGGCUGUACUUACACAUACACAGAAGUACAUCGAAUGGCCGAGUGGCCGAGAGACCUCUGCAGGAUGACGGUGAUCAAGCGCUUCAGCAAAGAUUUCUGGAACCGAGCGCUUCCCUUUCUGCUGCUGUCUGUGUCUUGGGCGCAGCCUUACCUUAUACCACAUCCAUAGGGCACAGCGUUCUCCGCGACCGUCUCGCCAACCUGGCUGAACAUGCUCCGCGCGACUACUAUGGCAUCCUGUCAAUCCCCCCCUCAGCGUCCGCAGCGGAGAUAAAGCAGGCAUACCACCAAGCGCUGUUGCUCAGCCACCCCGAUAAGCACCAUGCCGUGCAGAAUGGCGCUACACCGCCCGCGGUGGACAUCGGGCUCUUGAAAGAAGCAUACACGACCCUCUCCUCUCCCGCCCUGCGUAUCGCGUACGACGCCGUCAGGAUGCGGGCGAGGGCGCCGCAGACGGGCCCACGACCGGCGCAGGUCGUGUCUCUGGAGGAGUUCGACGAGGGCGAGGGCGCCGACGCUGUGUGGAGCUACGCGUGCCGGUGUGGGGGCAAGUAUGUUAUCGGGGAGAAGGAAAUGGACGCCGGUCAGCACCUCGUUGGGUGCAAUAGCUGUUCAGAGGUGGUUUGGGUUGGGUACGAGCUUACACAGGAUGACUCGGACGAAGUCCGCCAUUAA